AUGCAAAAGUCUGUUAGAGUUGGUGACUAUUUUGAUAAUGAUGAUAAUGGUUUAUGGUCGUGGUAUCUAACGAAUCUAAGAUUGGGUGAUUUCGAGGAACUCAUAGGUAAUCAACUAAAGUAUACUUUAUUAAAAAGAUUUCUAAAUAGUCAUUUUUAUGGCGAUAACAACACUUCGAUUAGACCAAACAAGAAGAUUUUAUUGGUUUCCAUACCUGAGAAUGUUCAUGAAGAUAUUUCCAUAUUAGAAAUUUUUCUUAAAGAUUACUUCCAUCUAGAAAAGUUAGAACAUAUUCAAAUUUCAAAAUUGACUCACUCUCAUUGUUAUAAUCAUGAAAACCACUACUUAUUAACGGACUAUCUUAACAAUUUCCAAGAUCCCUCUUUUUUAGAAUUUGCAAGUACGAGUUGGCAAGUUCAAAAAAAUCCGAAGUCUUCGAAUAAUAACAAUAAUAACAGACAUUUAAUACAUGCUUCCACAGCAUCUUCAUCAAAGCCAUCAAAUGCGCAAUUAAAAACAAACACUUUAGAUAAUCAAUUGUUAGAUACAAAUACACAGAAUUCAAUGACUGCACGAACCAAUACAAACACAAAGACUUUAACAUAUACAGAUACGGCUGAUUCAAGUCUCACGCCAGCUGAAUGUAACAACAAAGACGAUAACAAUAUGCCCCAGAAUAAUGAAAAUGAAAAUGAAAAUGAAGAAGAGGAUGCAGGGGACGACGCAGCCAGUUCAAUAGUACUGAACUUUUCCCAUCCACGGACACUAGCGUCAAAGGCAAAUAAAGUACCAAAAAUUUUCCCAUCGUAUACUAAUGAGGAUUAUAACCCAUCGCAUUCCGAGAUAGUAUCGAUAGAUAGUUUUGCUGGCGAAGACGUAUCAUCAACAUAUCCCGGACAAGAUCUGAGUUUAACCACGGCAAGGCGUGAGGAUAAAGACGAUGAAGACCAGAACUCAAAUGGCUCUGAUGAUGAAAGCUUUGAAGAAACAAGCUCGAGUGUAGAAAGUUCUGUUAGCUACACCAAUUGCAGUAGUAGCAGUGACAGCAGCAUUGUUCGCUAUCAUUUUAGCACCGGUAGUCGUGGUAGUUUGGGACGUGGAGAUGUUGAUCAUACCAAUGCUACCUAUAUUUCUGAAUUAUCAAGCAUAACCAGCUCAAUAGAAAACGUAACUAAUUCCACUACUCCAGAGGAAGAAGACCAUUUGGUUGGAGAUAAUUAUGAAGCUCAAGAUUAUUUAUCGGGAGAGGAAGAUGAGGAGGAGGUCGAUGAUGAUGAGGAUAUCUCUUCUUCAGACUACUCUGUAUUAUCCAUUCUACCAUCGAUCUCAAUCUGCGAUUCGUUAGGAUACUUUAGGCUAGUCUUGCAAUCUAUUUUAAUCCAAAAUCCAGAUACGAAGGAGAUUUUCACCGCAAUUAGACAAUCAAAUAAUGAACCUACAGUGGCAAGCGUUACUGAUGAUUGGCUAUUGUACGAUUCAAAAUUUUCAAUGAAUAAUUUACAAAUUUUAACACUUCAAGACUUGCUCGAUAUCAAGAGAUCAUUCCCCAAGAUUCUGCUCUAUACAAUGGUUAUCGUAACAGAUUCAGGUCCACAACAAAUAGAAGAGGAGCAUAAAAAUUUAACCCAACAACACAACGAUGUAGAUGUAACGAAGGAAGAACCUCUAAAUUCAGAAUUAUCAUUAUCUAACGACCCACAACAAUAUUUCCCAACUACAUUCGAUGACGACUAUGACGAAUACAUCGAUGAUGACGAUAGUGGUGACGAUGCUUCAUUGUCAGAACAGUCAGGUCCACAAAUGUAUUUGCCAACUAGAAUGGCAUCUAACGUCACUACAGCCCAUCGUUCUAUAAGAACUGUUAAUAGUAUCGGAGAGUGGGCGUUCAAUAGACACAAUUCUGUCACUAAGAUUAAUAAAAGUAACAGUAACGAAUCAGAUAAUCUAAAGGAAUACGGGGAUAAAAUUUCAGCGGUUGAUCCAUAUCCAAUGACCCAAUUGUCAAACUCUAACACAGUUACGUCAAAUUUUAGUCAUUUGUUAAAGAAUAAAAAUUCUUACAAACGUAACCCUAAAGGUAACAAUGAAAUCAAUUCUAGGAACGAACUAAAAAAAAUCAAAAGUUCCAUUAAUGCUAUGAGUGCAGUGGAAAGAUCCAAAAGUUUACCAUUACCCACUUUAUUAAAGUCUUUAAGUGGUAUAGACAAUCAUACCAAUGGUAAUAAUAAGGAUAGAAAACGUUGGAAAUUUAAGAUGACCAGGUUUAGGAAUAAUAAAAGCAAUGGCUCUACAGAUAUGGAUAAAUCUCAACGUUGUGCCAUCAUGUAA